UUUUUUGGUUUGUUUUUGUCGGGAGGGGCGGUUGUCUGGUGGCGCGGGCAGAUUGAUAAAUUUCUCGUUAUCUUAGCUGGCAGGAACGUUUUCUCGCGCACUCUUCUCUCGCUGCCCUGCUCACCUAACCCGUGACGGCAGCGUGGAUUUGGUGCCUGUUUGAAGAAAUGGGGAAGUUUGCUGGAAACCACUUGGAAGGCUUCGACAUCAUCGCAGGCUUGUCGAAUCCCUGCGGUGCGCGUGUAUGUGGAGGAGCGCUCGCUGUGUUUGCUGCUCUUCAUCGCCUGUCAUUAAUUUCCUGCUGUAAGAGCUGUGGGUGCGAUCGUACACGCGUGCAUUUGAACAUUCAUUCGUGUUUAUACGCGCUGCUUGUCAUUUGAGAUCAUUCUCACCUCCCAAAUCCCCUCCAGGGGUUUUUUCCCCCCUUCAAAAAAUGGAUAAUCCUUCCGAAAGUUGGCAGAGGUUAAACUAAGUUUGUGGAAACUUUUUUGUCAAUAGACAGUGAUAAAAUUUAGAAGAUUAUUGAAUCAUGGAGGUUUUUGAUCAGCCUGGAGUUUAGACAGCAAGGGAACACCAUACUGUGAAAGGCCGUGGCUAAAAGGAGAGGCUGCACUGUUGAACUUCACCAGGUAUCGCCGCGCUCGGCCUCAAUCCCGCCGCCCGCCACUCAAUGCCGUCGGUUGAUGCCAGUACCGCGCGCUUUCUUGGUGGAGCGUAUGGUAAUAACAACGGUGAGAACCGCGUCUGUUAUCAGCUGCUAUGGGGUUUCCUGCCUUUGUGCGAAAGCUGCCUGGCACCACCACCUUUCUCUCUGGCAUCGUGUAGUUGGCUGCGAGUUGUUCCUUUUCCUGCCUGCAGUCCAUUUCUCGGAGACUCUUGACAAGAAAGAUCGAGCGCUUCAAUCAAGUUAGAGGUCAUGAAUUCUCUUGGCGCACAAAUCACCCAAACGGUUGAAGAAGUACCAGCAGUUCCGUUGCUACAGCUGGUUGCACCGUCGCCUGGGGUUGGAUGCAGUCAGUAGCGCGAUGAUAGUGGUACCUGACCUGUCUGCGUACCUGAAGCUGCCUGCAAGUGGUGAGAUUGCCAACUGUUGGCGGACAUACCAUAUGCCUUGCAGGGCUUCACUGUAAUGGUGCACCUCUCCAUCUCUGUCAUAUAUUUCAGGAUCACCAGAAGAAUCAGUUCUCAGUUUAGGCUUGGCUGUUUUGCCUUUUAAAUCAGCACAGUGCCUAGCUCUCUUUUACACUGGUGCCUCUGUGACGUCAGAUUUACUGAUUUUUGUUUUCUUCUCCAGACUUUCAUAAGCAUGAAAUCUGGCGAUUGGCAUCAGUGUUAUACCAUGGAGGACACACAGGCAAGCAAAGUUUGGCAGAUCUCGGAGUCUUCCAGCAAGAAAGCGCAGAACAGAUAGUACCCGAUGUGUUUAUUCUAUGUUCUGGCACCCUGACUUUCUGUCCCGCUUAUCAGCUAGCAGACAACAACUACUCAACUGUUUCCUGCAGUUUAUUUACAGACGUGAGAAGGAAGUGCUUCAAGUUGUGUCAGUGUUCUCAUUGAUAGAGAGAAGGAGAAAGAAAAAUAAACACCCACAUUUCAAGGAGUUAAUAAAAACAGUGAUUUUGUUGGUGGUAAAAUAGAAAUCACCUCUACCAGUGACAAUGAAGGAAAUGUACCUUUUGUGUCAUUUUGUCCAUUUCAGAUAAAUAUCAUCCACUUUUACGUUCGUUAUACCGUAAACAUUGGUCAUUAAUGCAUAGUCAGCAGCCAACUAGUUGCAUCAGCAAUUCCUGCCUUUAUGUAGCUUGCAGGAUGUUUUGAAUGUAUGGUUCUGUAUUGUCGUGCCAAAAUGUGUGGAGUCUCUUCCAACUUUAUGAGAGCUUCUCGGAUGAACACAUGAGUAUUUCCAUUUGUCAGCUGUCAUAGACUUCUCGGUACAUCCCAAGGGAAGAUGGCUAAACAUCAGAAACACCUACUAUCCAGCAUUGCUUCAUGAAGUGCAGCACAAGUGUUCUCAAGGAGAUAUGAUGUCAGCAACAGCAAGAAUGUGACAAAGCAACAUUAGUGAUGAAAAGAAACCUUGUUCCCUGUUGCACUCUUUGACUAGGGGUCGUGCCAUUUUCAAAUAGCAUAAGCUUGUUGACUGAAGUAGUGCUUUUAUCACCCAUAAGCUCCAUUUAAAGCAGAUGAAGUAAUGACAGUUGGUUCAUGCUGGUUUUUGAGGGAAUAUUUCUGCCUGGAAAUAUACCCUGAAGGUCAGGACCUACUUUAUUAAUGGACAUCCAUCAAGCCAGCAGUGCAACUUUGAAAAAGAAAAAUGCUUUUAUGCUGGUAGAAUAGGAGUAUGGUUGCCAUGGAGCAGUCAGUUGUUGACAGUUUCUCUAUCACUAAAUGCGACCUUCAGCAGGUGAUAAGCUUUUCGGGUCAGCACCAGUCCAGGUCACAACAGUCAAGGUCUUUACGCAACACUCGGCAUUUGUCACUGCAGCUUGAAGGGACCAUAGGCGACUUGAAUUCCUUAGGUGGUGGUCAGCCUCUUCAGUUCCAUGAAACACAUGGGGACAACAUCCAGCUUAGUCAUGACAAAACUCGGGCAAGGCGUGCAGAGAGCUUUUGCAAGGGGAUCUGCUUCAGUGCCCGUCCUAUUGGUAUUAAUGAAAAGGUGUACAUUAGGUUUGUUGAGACUAACACUAGCUGGUCUGGUGUCCUUCGCUUUGGGUUCACCAGCAUUGAUCCAGCCACAAUCCGUGGAGUAGAUCUCCCUCGCUAUGCCUGUCCAGAUCUUACAAACAAACCAGGGAACUGGGCAAAGGCCCUUGGAGAGCGAUACACUACCAGCAACAUUGUGUUGUUCUUCUAUGUUACAAGAUCAGGCGAUGUGUAUUAUGGGGUCAAUGGAGAAGAGAAAGGACUCUUUUUCAGUGGUGUGAACACCAGCAGUCCCUUGUGGGCUAUGUUAGACAUUUAUGGCAAUACAGUUGGAGUGGAGUUUACGCAGGCUAAUGGAUUUAAUGCCUGGGCUGGCGACAGCGUGCCUCACUCGGCUCCAAUCAGCAUAGAACAGGAACUAUUUUCCUUCAGACAGACUGUAUCAAUGAAUGACUCCACAAUGUAUCCAGUACCAGUGGUCAAGUAUCAUGCUCGCUUUGUGUUCUCCCCACUUUACCUGCACACACUUUGUGGCAGGAAUGCACGUGUAUCUGCAGAUCGCACAGUUGCCAUCAGGCUUAGAGAGGAGUACUGCAAUGCCUAUGUCUUCACAUCAAGGCCAGUGAAUCCUGGGCAGAAAAUAGUGAUACAGAUCCUUGGUGUGGACUGCUCAUACAUAGGAGGAUUAGGGUUUGGCCUUACAGCUUGCGACCCUGCCUCUUUGACAUCAUCCAUCAUGCCUGACGAUGCAGACCUACUUCUAGACAGACCUGAGUAUUGGGUAGUCAAUAAAGAUGUCUGUCGCAGUCCAGACGUCGGAGAUGAACUCAGCUUUGCUAUUACUGAGGAAGGUGAGGUCCUGUACUCCAGAAAUAAUGGGAAGGCUGCAGUCCUGAUGCAUGUAGACCGUACUCUUCCUCUCUGGGCCUUCUUUGAUAUUUAUGGCAAUGUGCAAAAGAUCAAGGUUAUUGGAGUAACAACAGUGCAGUCCCCACCACCACACAUGACACGCUCGCAGUCUGCAUCUGGCUUCAGCAAUCAUCUUGGUACAUCUCAGGCACAUCAGCCUACAAACUUACCUCCCCGUCCAUCUGUGCCAACUCUACCACCUCCUCUACAGCCUCAAGUUUUGCGCAGCUGGAGUGUACCCAAUCCCUCAGCCACAGCACCCAAAGUUCUUUCCAGCCCAGGAAACCAACAUGGCCAAAGAGCUCAGGCAGUUUCACUUCCAUCCUCCCCUGUGGGGGUGUCUCCUGGUGAUGGCUUCAUUCCUCUGGAGGAGGCACGUGAUGAGUGCACUGUCUGCUGUGAGAAGGGUGUCAACUCUGUGCUGUACACCUGUGGACACAUGUGCAUGUGUUUUGAGUGUGCACAUGCUGUGAAACAAGACAAAGGUGGACUGUGCCCCAUCUGCCGACAACCAAUCAAAGAUGUCAUCAAAAUUUAUCGAUCAUAAAAAACUCAUGUGAUGGAAUGCUAUUUGAGCAUGAGCAACAAUAAUAUAACAUAUUUUUCUUGUGGCCCUUCUGAUGACACAUGCCUGUCACUUAACUUUGGUUUGGAAACUGAGAUCUACGGUUCUAUGAUCAUUGAGAGAGAGAGAGCAAAUACUAGCAUGUAAAGCAGCUUCAUUUUGUGAUCAGCAGUCGAAAAGAUGACCAGACCCCUGAUGGUUCUGAAAGUUUCAUUUUUUUACUUGUUUUAUAUUUCACAGAUACUUUUUUUAAAAGCUCUGAUAAAAAUAAGUGGAUGAACACUUGACAAGAGAAACAAGUUGUCUUCAUACAUCCUGAUGAUGUGGUGAGAGUUUGAAAGGAUUUCUGGGAGAUUUACAUGCUUGUGUCAUUGUUAAAGAUCUAAAGGAUAGUACAUGUUAAACUGCUCUGGCUUGGCAUGGAGGUCUGCAGUUAGCUUUACAAACUUGGCUUACUUCCAGAACAAGUUGUCUGCAUAGUAAGCUAGAUUUGGCAUGGAUUGUGGAAGACUUGCAUUGAGACUUGGUAACCUCCAGAGAAGACAGCAAGCUGUGUUCUAGACAUUAAGUUUGGUAUUAUACUUAGCAGCAGGUCAUUCAGUACAAUCAUUACAAAAGACACUAGAGUCACAAGUGUUUAAAAGAUUCAUUUGCAAAAAGAAAUCUGAUAGCGGUAUUUGACGUCUGACACAUUAUUUAAAAUUGUACAGGUUUCAUUUGUGUCAAGCACGAGAUGUUUAGUUGUUUUGAUUAUGCUACUUAGCCUUUUAAGCACAGUUGUGAUUUUGUUGAAUUGCAUUAUAACAUGCAGACUAGAAUCUUCUACUAAAUCUGGUAAAGGGUUUUCUUUGUUUACUGUUACAUGCAGUAAAUACAGGGUUAAUCUCUACUUUCUUUUUGGUUGGGGAGAGUGCACUCAUUACAAGUGUAAUGUGAACAUUAAUUUUGACAACUGUUGUUGCAAAUAUAUUUAUGAUAUUUGCAGAUCAAAUGUGAUCUCAGUUCAGUUCAUUUAAAAUGAGCUGUGUUUCCACAUAUUUUCUGUGUAUGUUGUUUUGACUGAUAGGUGUAAAGAGUGUGAAGAACCAGUUUUGUAUUUUCAGUAUAUACCUACAAUAGAUAGGUACAAUGCAUCUAAAGAUAUUGCUAUUUUAAGUUUUGAUAGCCAGUAGACAAAGCAGCUUCUUAAGUGGGUAGGGGUUAGGGAAUAUGUGUGUCUUGCUUGAGUGGGUGAGAAUACCUGCUGGCAAUGGACCGGCCAGCAGAAUUUGGUGAUGAUGUUAAUUAACUGUGAAGAUUGGAUAUAGAGCAGAUGUUAUUGUAGGAUGGGUUCAGUUAAUGGUCCCAUCUACAGCAGCAUUCUAGAGCCCCCACCCCUUUUUUUUUUGACCACUGGCUUCUAGAACUGGGACACUAAAGAUUAAAUCUGGGUUAGAGGAAUUUUGCAUCCCAUGAACAUGGAAAAAUAUAGGACAGUUGUAUGUGACAAGUACAACUUGAAAUUUAAAGCAAAUAAACAGCAUUGGUAUUAACAGAACCAAGUGUUGUACUAUUUACAAAUAUUAACUGUUUACAUUGUAUCUACAAGAUGCUCCAUAAUUUGGAAAGAGCACUUUGUAAUUACUAGCAGAUGAUCAACAAAAGAGUAUUUUGUGUGUCAAACAGUAUUUUAUUUGUAAACUGCCCUCAACUGUCCCUUUCCAAUUUUUUAAAAUGAAGUCAUGUACCCCUCUCAUCAGAUUCAUUUAAAAAAAAUAUUUCUGUUUGCUUUGUUAGAAAUAGUUAAAAAUACAAUGUGAUGAAAUAGAAGUUACAUCAUUCUGACAAUCACAUGCAUGUAUAAAACACAUAACAUUAAUGUUUUUCUUUCCUUUAAUAGUAUGACUUGCUACUAAAAACUGAGAAAAACUAGAAGUGCAAACAAUCAUUACUGUAUAAUUAUAUUGUGGAUUCGGGAUUCAAACCUAUAAGCAACACUAACCUAAUCUGUGAUCUAAUAAUAGAUUAUUUAACAUUUACAGUAGGAAGAGGGGAUGGGUUCAUGGGACAGUAUUAUCAUUUUGUUUUGAUAAUGACAAAAAUAUAAGCUAACAUAAGCAGAGGUAACUUCUGACAGUUCUCAUAUACUUUAUUAGCCAGAAAGUGAACUGCAUUUCUGAGAAUCCUUGACCCAUUUAUAUAAUAGCUCAGUUUCUAAGAUUUAUGGAUGGCAUACAGGAAAGAAUGGCAGGAUACUGAGGGCAUUCAUUCUGCUUUGGAUGGAUUGAAUACUGAUGUACCAUCAAUCACUUUUGACUUUUUAUUUUAGGAAAGCUGACAUAUUCAUGUGUGACAUAAUUGUGGAAAUUACCAAGCAGAAAACAGUGUGUCAUGCCACCUUGUUAUUGUUAUUGGGGAUGUAAAGGAAAUCAAGUGCCUCAGCUAGUGCCUGUGGAAUAUUUAAACUGAAUGCCAGAAAUUAAUUGUACAACAUGCUGAGAUUCUUGCCAGGGAUGACCUGCAUUUGCACAGUCCACAGACAUUUAAGCAAAGAGAGAUAAAAAAAGGCUUUAGUCUCUUGAGAGUGAUAUAACAUUUUCUAUGCACUGGUCUCUUCCCUCUGCAGUUUUUUUUAAUACUCUGUAAAUACAAUACAGAUUUUAGUAGACAAAUGCCACCUGACAAAAUUUAAAAAAUACUUUACAGACUUUUACACUUUAAGCAGUUAGAACUCCUCCUAAUUGCAUUCUGUUGUUAUUUAAAAUAAUGCAGAUAAAAACCAAACUGGUGGAUUUCUGAAAACUGCUGUUAGUCUGAGGGAGUCCUAGUCAAAAAUGGCCACUAUUAAGGUUUACAUUCAGCUUUAUAAACCUUUCUAUAUAAAAAUAUUAAUCUGCCCAAAAAUGUUACUGGGUAGACAGGUCCUCUAAUGGCUUUUAAUGAGUGGAAAAGCAGUAUGCACACAUGCAUUUCCUAACCUUGAUAUAUAAGAUUCAGUUUUUGGUGAGGGCCUUGUUAUAAGCAUUUCUGGAUGCUUUGUGGAGAUUUGUGUGAAAAGAAUCUUAAGUUAGUCGUUUUGUUUAUCUUAAAAAAAACCAAUAUGAUUCCUCAUUUAUAAUCAAGGUUGUCAUUUUUUAAUUCAGGCCAGGAUCAUUCCAUAGUUUUUUAGCAUGAAAUUAUAAUUAAAGUUUGUUAAUCUCGUAAACAGAGUUUUCUGUUCCACUUGGAAGCAGAUGUGCAGAUGCCAUAUAUAAAAUUUUGUAAAAGUAUGUUUAAAGGCAGGAAAAUAAGACAGACAACUGUAGAUGUGAAUUUGAAUUGCAUCCAAUCUUCAGCUAACAAAAGAGAUGCUUGGUAGGUCAGUACAGUUGAAUUAGAUCUGUUUUCCUAUGUGAUUUUCUCAAUUAUUCCUCUUGGCAUGUUAACAUAAAGUCAGACUUCUUGAGAACGUUUAUGUCUGACUAGUUACACGGAAGAUUUAAAGGCUGCCUCUAUCAGGCUUCCAUAAAUCUUUUCAUGUAGCAACCAUACAAAUCAAUCAUGACUGAACAAAAUAUCAUAAAAGCAAUCUUUGAUGAAAAUGCAGUUUGAAAUAUCAUUAUCCUAAGUCAAAUUGUGUAUGUUUAUUAGAUAUGUUCUGUACAAUAACCCUGUAAAAUACAAAGUCUUAUUUUGUUAAUAGGAUGUACAUAGAAAAUAAAGCAUAUGUAAAUAAA